AUACCACUCUUUCACUUUCUCUCUCUUCACAUACACACAACAACAACAAAAAUACACACACACUCUCUUCUCUCACUUUCUCUCUCCUCUUCAACCAAAUUAAUGCUCAUUCUCUCUCUUCUCAUGGACCUAGAUCCAUCUUUUUUUCCCCUUAAUUUUAACCAUCAAUUGCUCAAAUUAGGGUUUCAUAUUUGACAAUUUUUUCAGCCAUUUUAUUGCUGAAAUUGGUGAAUGUAGGGGUUUUUUUUUUUUACCGAUGCGAUUUUCGAGGAGUUAGAUCUAAUGCGAUGAGAUAUUGGAGUAAUUUGGGGGAAGUGAAGUGAAAGAAUUUGGGGAAUUUUAUGAAAUUAGGGUUUAAAAUGGGUUGCAUUUGUUGCAAACCAUCUGCAAUUGAAGAUGAUAGUAAGGAGAGUCCGAGAGAGAGGUUGUCAACUAAAACGUUAGUGUCAUCAAGAACAGCUUCAUUGAGGAGAGAAGAUCGGAAUAAUAAUAAUAAUCAUCAUCAAAUUAACGUUAAUAAUAAUAAUAAUACUAAUAAUAUUGAAGGCGGUGAUAAUAAUAAUGAGGAGAAGGUAAUGUUGAUUGAUAAGCAGGUGAAUAAUGGGAGUGUUCGUUUACAUGGGGAGAGUUUUGAGAGGAAGAGAGAGAAAAAACCGGAGUAUGUAGUUGCUGCUGCUGUUCAUGCUCAUCAUCAUCAUCCCGCGAGCGGGACGGUUCCGAAACCGGUUGAAGGAGAGCAGGUGGCGGCCGGGUGGCCUACUUGGCUCGCCGCCGUUGCCGGGGAGGCUAUCAAAGGAUGGGUGCCCAGGCGGGCUGAUUCAUUUGAGAAGUUGGAUAAAAUUGGCCAGGGCACUUACAGUAAUGUCUAUAGAGCUCGGGAUCUUGAACAAAGGAAAAUUGUUGCUUUGAAGAAAGUAAGAUUUGACAACUUAGAGCCUGAAAGUGUACGUUUCAUGGCUAGAGAGAUCCACAUUCUACGUAAACUAGACCAUCCUAAUAUAGUAAAACUGGAGGGUCUUGUUACUUCGAGGAUGUCUUGCAGCCUAUACCUUGUGUUUGAAUAUAUGGAGCAUGACCUUGCAGGGCUUGCAUCACAUCCAGCUGUAAAAUUUACUGAACCACAGGUUAAGUGCUACAUGCAGCAGCUGUUAUGUGGACUUGAUCACUGUCAUAGCAGAGGUGUUCUACACCGGGAUAUAAAGGGAUCUAAUCUUUUAAUUGAUAACAAUGGGAUACUGAAGAUUGCAGACUUUGGUCUGGCAAGCUUUUAUGAACCCCGUCAAAGCCAGCCGCUAACAAGCAGAGUUGUAACACUUUGGUAUAGACCUCCAGAGCUUUUACUUGGCGCUACAUAUUAUGGUGCAGCGGUGGACUUGUGGAGUACUGGUUGUAUACUUGCUGAACUCUAUGCUGGCAAGCCAAUAAUGCCUGGACGAACAGAGGUGGAACAAUUACACAAAAUUUUCAAGCUUUGUGGCUCACCUUCAGAAGAAUAUUGGAGGAAAUCAAAGUUACCUCAUGCAACGAUUUUCAAACCCCAGCAACCAUACAUUCGUCGUGUUGCGGAAACAUUCAAAGACUUUCCUGCUCCAGCUCUAGGUCUUUUGGAGACACUGCUUUCAAUUGAUCCUGCCGAUCGCGGCUCUGCCUCUUCUGCCUUGAAGAAUGAGUUCUUUGCUACAAAACCACUUCCUUGUGAUCCAUCAAGCUUGCCAAAGUAUCCUCCAAGCAAAGAGUUUGAUGCAAAAAUGAGAGAUGAAGAGGCGAGAAGACAAGGAGCUGGCGGGAGCAGGGCCCAUAGGGGUGAUCCUGAAAAGAAGGGAACACGAGAGUCCCGAGCAAUCCCUGCACCAGAUGCAAAUGCAGAAUUAGUUGUGUCGAUGCAGAAGAGACAAGCUCAAUCUAAUUCGAAGAGCCGAAGUGAGAAGUUUAACCCUCACCAGGAAGAUGUUGCUUCUGGCUUUCCGAUCGAACCCCCUAGAGCAACUCAAGCAAUGGAAGAAUCUGGUAUAAGCAGGCAGGGGCACCAUCAUAAGAGAUCAUCACAUUCAGGACCACUUGUUAACCCAGCAGCGUGGGCAAAGGCUGGGAAGAACUUGGAUGAUGCUCCUAAAGUGUCAAACGGGGCUGAUUUAUCAACAAUAUCCGGUUCAAUGGCAGCGAGGAGGAGCUUCUUAUCUGAGGAUAAGAGAGAAAAGUCUAGUUCUCUGCAACCUGGUGUUCCAAAACUAGUUGCUAGGUUCCCUGGAUCAUUCAAAGAAAAAUCAGAGUCCAUGAGUAGGCGAGAUCAAGCAGAUCAAAUGCAGGGUCUUGCAAGCUCUCAUCAAAAUGAAGAUGGAAGAAGCAGCAAUAAAGAUCCUGUCCUUCUUGGUUAUGGGUCAAAGGGCAACAAAAUUCACUACUCCGGACCUUUAAUAGUCCCUUCAGGCAACAUGGAUCAGAUGUUAAAAGAUCAUGAUCGCCAGAUCCAAGAAGCAGUAAGGCGAGCACGCAUAGACAAGGCUAAACUCAGAAAGAUGCAGGCUGAAGGAAAUCAAGUAUCAAACACUUCAUUAUUUGUUAGUGGUCGUUAAAGCAGAGUAGGUAAUAUCAAUGUAAAGAUUUAGAGCAAAAAUUUGGCUAGAAAGAGAUUGCUGCAGAUAGCUGAAAGCAGUGAUUUUUGCUUCUUGAGUGCGAGUCACAUUUUGUUUGGGAGAAAUCCAUUCUUUUUUCUUGUACAGGUUGGUCUUUUGCCCUGCAAAACUUGGCUAAUGGCCGUUGUGCUGCCAAGCUUGUGGCUCCUCCAAUUAAUUAUAACUCACUUGUAAUCAGCUAUUUAUUUGCAAUUUCUGUAUCAAAACAUGCCAUCUUGUAGAGUUUCUUUA